AUGAGGAUGUUCAUCAAGUGUGACUGGAUGAAUAGUCCCACCAAGAACGAGAUCAUGAUCACCAAAGACGUUAGCCAACCCGUUAUCUCUGGCGGCCCUAUGGAAGAACUCGCAGACGAUAUCGAGGACAUUGCUUUGGAGAUCAAAGAUACUCAACCAGAUCUAGCGCUUAGGGUCAAAGUGACUUCUGAAAGACUCUCUUAUACAAUCGAUUCAUCAGAGACAUGGAUCACUGGUUCUUGGAUGAGCAGCGUGAAAACGCUCGCCACGAACACUGACUCAACAGCAGGCGAGCUUGGGGAGGCAACAAAACUUGGCGUGGAUGGCCAAGAGAGUAACUCGCCAAUUAUGCAGGAGUUCACCGAUCUUGUCAAACGCUCAGGCGGCGGACGCCUUCUCGCGCAUAUCGAAGCUACCAAGCAAAGCUUCAGAGAAACUCACCAUGCGACAUACCCCAACAGGCCUGUCAAAGAGCCCAGAUACCCCAAAGCAGAGCUUGAGAAGUGA